AUGGCGACUAACGUUGCAUUAGAGACCACGAUGGGCACAAUAGUAGUAGAACUCUACAACGACCACGCUCCAAAGACCUGCAAAAACUUCAGCACGCUCGCUUCAAGAGGCUACUACGACACCCUCCUCUUCCACCGCAUAAUUCCCUCCUUCAUGAUCCAAACCGGAGACCCGACAGGAACCGGACGAGGCGGCUCUUCAAUCUACGGCGAGAGAUUCGAAGACGAGAUCUCACCCUCCUUAAAACAUACCGGAGCGGGGAUAUUGAGUAUGGCGAAUAGCGGACCGAAUACGAAUGGGAGUCAGUUUUUUAUUACUUUGGCACCCACGCCGUGGCUGGAUGGAAAGCAUACGAUUUUUGGGAGGGUGACGAGAGGGAUGGGUGUUGUCAAGAGGAUGGGGCUUGUGAGGACGGGCGCAGAAGAUAGACCAGUUGAGGAAGUGAGGAUUGUUAGGGCGUGUAUAUUGGAAGGGGGUGAGGAGGCCUGA